UUUCCCCUCCCUCCUCGCCCCCCUCCCCUUCCCCACGCAUCCUUGGAAGCAACAAUUAAGCAGCUCUGGGAUAAAACACACAGCCCGCGGGAGCACGGGGGCAUUGCUUCAAGAGAUGGCAAGGCAGGCAGCUGCACCCCUCCUCCCCGGAGUCCUCCUCCUCCUCUCCAUCCUCCCGGCUACUCAGCAAGGAGGGGUUCCUGGUGCUAUCCCGGGAGGGGGAGUCCCAGGAGGAGGCUUUUUCCCAGGUGCUGGAGUUGGAGGUUUGGGAGCAGGACUCGGGGCUGCAGGAAAACCUCCCAAACCAGGGAUCGGAGGACUUGGGGGGGUCGGAGGACUUGGGGGACUUGGCCCCCUUGGCCUGCAGCCAGGUGCUGCAGGUCUGUUCCCCGGAGCUGCCUUCCCCGGGGGGGUGUUCCCAGGAGCUGCCUCGGCCGCGGCGCUUAAGGCUGCUGCAAAAGCUGGUGCUGGCAUUGGAGGCGUGGGUGGAAUUGGUGGUCCUGGUGGCCUCGGGGUCUCCACAGGUGCCGUGGUACCGGGCGCAGUGCAGCCUGGCCUUGGCGCGGCAGGGAAACCCCCUAAAAUACCAGGUGCUGGGAUUCCUGGAGCUUUUCCGGGUGGCGUGCUCCCCGGUGCAGGUGUUCGCUUCCCUGGCGUGGGAGUGCUGCCCGGAGUGCCCACUGGAGCUGGAGUCAAGCCCAAAGCCCCAGGAGCUGGAGCCUUUGGAGGAAUUCCUGAAGAUGCCUCAGGGCUUCCCAAGUCACCCACUCUCCUCUGCCAGGUGCCCUGGGGCACCCCCUCCCUCCGGGACUGGUGGCAGCUGUGGCGCAGGCUCCAGGUAAGCGUCUGCUGUUGGUUUGCAGGACUGGGAGGUUUUGGAGGUCAGCAGCCCGGUGUCCCUCUGGGUUAUCCCAUCAAAGCUCCUAAGCUCCCAGGUGGCUAUGGACUGCCCUACACCAAUGGCCUCAGGCCUGGUGGGAUUGGAGCCGGCCUCGUGGCAGGAAAGGCAGGAUACCCCACCGGGACAGGGGUCGGAGCACAGGCGGCAGCAGCGAAGGCAGCAGCGAAACUUGGAGCCGGUGUCUUGCCUGGCAUUGGUGGCAUCCCAGGAGUUGCACCCGGUGUCGGCAUUGGCGGUGUCCCAGGAGUUGGAGUUGGAGGACCGGCAGCGGCGGCGGCAGCGGCGAAGGCAGCGGCAAAGGCAGGAGCUUUUGGUCCAGGGGCAGUGCCCGGAGUCGGAGGUGUCCCUGGCCUGGUGCCCGGUGUCGGAGGUGUCCCCGGGGCGGUGCCCGGAGUCGGAGGUGUCCCUGGGGUGGCAGGGGUGCCGUCGGCAGCAGCAGCAGCAAAGGCAGCUAAGUACGGUGCCGGCGUUCCCGGUGUCGGUGUGGGUGGCGUCCCCGGCCUCGUGCCCGGAGUCGGAGGUGUCCCUGGCCUGGUGCCCGGUGUCGGAGGUGUCCCCGGGGCGGUGCCCGGAGUCGGAGGUGUCCCUGGGGUGGCAGGGGUGCCGUCGGCAGCAGCAGCAGCAAAGGCAGCUAAGUACGGUGCCGGCGUUCCCGGUGUCGGUGUGGGUGGCGUCCCCGGCCUCGUGCCCGGAGUCGGAGGUGUCCCUGGCCUGGUGCCCAGUGUCGGAGGUGUCCCCGGGGCGGUGCCCGGAGUCGGAGGUGUCCCUGGGGUGGCAGGGGUGCCGUCGGCAGCAGCAGCAGCAAAGGCAGCUAAGUACGGUGCCGGCGUUCCCGGUGUCGGUGUGGGUGGCGUCCCCGGCCUCGUGCCCGGUGUCGGAGGUGUCCCUGGCCUGGUGCCCGGUGUCGGAGGUGUCCCCGGGGCGGUGCCCGGAGUCGGAGGUGUCCCUGGGGUGGCAGGGGUGCCGUCGGCAGCAGCAGCAGCAAAGGCAGCUAAGUACGGUGCCGGCGUUCCCGGUGUCGGUGUGGGUGGCGUCCCCGGCCUCGUGCCCGGAGUCGGAGGUGUCCCUGGCCUGGUGCCCGGUGUCGGAGGUGUCCCCGGGGCGGUGCCCGGAGUCGGAGGUGUCCCUGGGGUGGCAGGGGUGCCGUCGGCAGCAGCAGCAGCAAAGGCAGCUAAGUACGGUGCCGGCGUUCCCGGUGUCGGUGUGGGUGGCGUCCCCGGCCUCGUGCCCGGAGUCGGAGGUGUCCCUGGCCUGGUGCCCGGUGUCGGAGGUGUCCCCGGGGCGGUGCCCGGAGUCGGAGGUGUCCCUGGGGUGGCAGGGGUGCCGUCGGCAGCAGCAGCAGCAAAGGCAGCUAAGUACGGUGCCGGCGUUCCCGGUGUCGGUGUGGGUGGCGUCCCCGGCCUCGUGCCCGGAGUCGGAGGUGUCCCUGGCCUGGUGCCCGGUGUCGGAGGUGUCCCUGGGGCGGUGCCCGGAGUUGGAGGUGUCCCUGGGGUGGCAGGGGUGCCGUCGGCAGCAGCAGCAGCAAAGGCAGCUAAGUACGGAGCCGGCGUUCCUGGCAUCGCUGGCAUUCCUGGUGUUCCUGGAGUUCCCGGUGUCCCUGGCGUUCCUGGCGUGCCUGGGGUUCCUGGUGCUGUUCCUGGUGCUGGAGUGGGUGGCCCUGCAGCAGCAGCCGCAGCCAAGGCUGCAGCCAAAGCAGCGGCGAUCGGAGCAGGACGUGUGCCUGGUGUUGGCGUUCCUGGAGUGGGUGUGCCAGCUGUUGGCGUGCCCGGUCUGGUGCCUGGGGUCGGCGUUCCAGGAGGUCCGGCAGCCGCUGCCAAAGCAGCCGCCAAAGCAGCCAAGUACGGAGCAGGUGGCCUGGCUCCCGGCGUGGGUGGCCUGGUUCCUGGAGUAGGUGGCCUGGUUCCUGGUGUUGGAGGUGUCCCAGGUGUUGGAGGUCCAGCAGCAGCGGCCAAAGCAGCAGCCAAGGCAGCCAAAUUUGGUGCCGGGGUUGGAGGGGUGCCAGGGGUAGUGCCUGGCGUGGGCGGAGUGCCCGGAGUGACACCCGGUGUUGGUGGCGUGCCCGGCUUGGUGCCAGGGGUGGGAGUACCUGGAACUGGCAUCCUUCCCGGGGCAGGCAUCCCCCAAGUAGGGGUGCAGCCUGGUGCUAAACCUCCCAAAUUCGGUGUUCCUGGGGUUGGAGUCCCAGGGGUUGGUGGCCUCCCAGGUGGCCUUGGAGUCGGUGGGCUUGGAGUUGGUGGCCUCGGAGCUGUUGGGAAACCUCCCAAGCCAGGCGUUGGAGGUCCCGGCUUCGGCGUAUCACCGGUAUUUCCAGGUGGGGCCGGCGGCCUGGGAUUCGGUGGGAAGCCCCCCAAGCCCUACGGAGGAGCUCUGGGUGCUUUGGGCUUUAGAGGCGCAGGCUGCGCGGCAGGGAAGUACUGCGGAAGGAAACGGAAGUAACGCUCCGUCACCGAUCACCUCAUGAACUUUGGUGCUACUGCAUGGUCCAGAAUGUAAAUCCGAAGCAAAGCUGAGACACCCUCUCCUCAAGCCCCGGACCCCCCCGCCCCCGUCCAUCCCGGGGCCGUGCCCGGCCCCGCGUUCCCCGGAGGGACCCCGCGUUCCCCGGCAGCGCCCGCCCCCCCCGCCCCUCGGUCCCGGCAGAGAGCGCGGAAUAAACUGCGGGGAGCAGCCGUCCCCCUUGGUGCUAUCGCUCUCUGCAGGUUUUGGGGGGGCUGGCCUGUCGUUCCCCUCCCCAGCCCCAGAGCUGAUCGCCGGGGGGAACACAGGAUGAGGGGCACCCCACAUUGGAGGAAGGGAGGGAGAAAGGGAAGGGGAUGCCGGCGGCGGGGGCUGUGCGGGUAGGGAUGGCCCCGUCAGCCUGGCCCCCACCCCAGUCCCCGCGCUCCCCCCGGUUUGGGGGGACCGCGGGCAGGAGGGGCUCAGUCCCUUCACGUUGCUCACUUUGCUAUAACUGGGUGGGAUGCCCCAUACAGAGGGACUCGCUUCUGACAGACUAAUAAAGGACAAGUUUUUAAAGGA